AUGGAAGAAAUGCAAGGAAGAGCAAGAGGAAGAAACUCAGAGUUGUCUUCAGGCCAGAUUGAGCAGCUGGAUGCAUAUUUUUAUAGGCACGACAUUAAGUUAACUAAGAAGAAUCUUAAAAUCGUUUCUAAAGCGCUGAAUAUUCCACACAAACGCAUUGUGGAGUAUGUAAACUAUAGGCAGAAAGAGUCACGCGAAAGCAGUCAUGAGGAUUAUAUGAAAAUGAUGCAGACGCUUGGAGACAUAAACGUUCAGAUAAAGGAAAUUUGGAAAAGGUUUGACAGUAGUUAUAAAUAA